CUAGUUCCACUGGUAAACAUCAACACCUCUCGGUGUUGAUGUAAUUAUUUUCCGUUUAUUUAGUUACCGUAGCUUAGUGAAGAAUGCAGAAGGAAAUUCAGGAUCUCGUGGAGAAGUCAUUGAAGAAGGCGAGGAGGCUGAGGGCUGUGGGUAAUUAUGGCCACGCUUACGCUCAUUACACCGCUGUCGUGGAGCUCGCACCAGAGAAGAGGGCUGAUGUUGAGGAGGAGUUCACCGAUGUCUUGUGCAAGUGGGGACUGGAGUUGGAGAAAAUCGACUUUGAAAAGACUGUUUUAUGCUACACUAGAUCACUAGAAAUCUUCCCCGACAACCCACGAAUGCUGAAUAAUUGCGCAGCACAUUACUUGAGGCAACACUCUCCCCGAGAGGCCCUCCCCUACCUCACCCGCGCCCUCUCUUCCUCCCCGGACUUCCUCCCCGCCGAAUGGAGCCUGGAUUACGCGCAAAAUCUUCUGGUAGACCGCUGGCACUUCCCGAUGCUGAACGACAGAACCCGCAACACCCGCUACGAGCGGGCGAUCUCCAACCGCAUCUCCCAGGGCUUCAACACAGUCCUGGACAUCGGCACAGGGAGUGGUCUGCUCGCCCUUUACGCGAAGGACUCGGGGGCGGAGCGGGUCUUCGCCUGCGAGCUCUCCACGGAGAUGUCCUUCAUCGCUGAUAGAGUCUUCUCAAGAAAUAACUGCACUGACAUUACGCUUCUUCCUCAGCAUUCCACUUCCAUUGAAAUCCCUCGAGACAUUCCGCAGAAGGUGAAGCUCAUCGUAACCGAGAUAUUCGACGUAGCCGUUUUCGGCGAGCGCGUCCUCUCGACCCUGAUCCACGCCCACGAGCACCUCCUCUCAGACAACGGGAUAGUCCUCCCGAUGAGGGCGAGGGUCUUCGCGGCGGCCGUGGAGAGCCCCCAGAUCCGCUUCACGUCCUUCGUCACCCCGGCCCCCAAAUCCGACCUGACCCUCAAUUUCGCCGGCAUCGACAUCUACUCGGACGACAAGAACUACGACGCCAUGAGCCUCAGGCAGGAGGAGACACUCUACUUGACGGACCCCGUGGAAAUUCUCCGGGUCAACUUCAACGAUCUCUCUGAACUGAGAAGACUCCAUGCCGAAGGAACGAAGAACGUGUCUUCACUGAAGACGAUACGGGACGGUACGAUUGAUGGGGUUGUCACCUGGUUCAAGCUAGACCUCGAUGAGGAGAAUGUCCUGGACACCUCCAAGGACGACUCGUGCUGGCAGUUGGCAGUUUUCCCUGACAAACCAGCCAAGUGCACGGCUGGACAGAACCUGAAGAUCAUGACUAAACUGUGGCAGGAGAAGAUGCACUGCAUUUACCAAUUCCAAGACGACAAGAGCGAUAACUCAGACUGGAGGAGGUGCAAGGACUUCUACUUCAUCCCUCAGCACGUCAUAAUGCUCCUGAAUGACGACGAUUACGUGUCUUCCAUAGCACGCGUUGCUCAAUUCCACAGGGAUAAGAGGCUCAGGUACAUCCUGGACGUGUGCCCAUUUCCUGUCUAUGGGCUGGAGAUGCUCAAGUGGAAUGACGAGGUGUUGAGGGUCUACUGUUAUGCGGAGACGGAGCAGCUGGGGGAGCUUAUCAUGAGGAUUGCUGAGCAGAGCGGGGUCGACAGGGAGAGGAUAUCCAUUGUGGAGGGCACUGAUGAGAUUGACAGGAGUGUGGACGUCAUAUUUAAUCAUAAUUUCAGCACUCAGGGGGAGAUCAAUGACUGGAGUGAACCGAGCUUGUAUGAGGCGUUGAGGCUUACUCUGUCCACUGACGGGUUCAUACUGCCCAGGAGGAUAUUUCUCAUUGGCCAAUUGGGGUACUCGGAGGAUCUCCCCAGGCUGAUACUCGUGGAGGACAAGAAUGUGCAGAGGACUAUGGGGGAGAGUGACUAUGUCAUUGGGGAGUUUGUUAAUCAGUAUUCGUGCAGACAACGAUUCGAUCUUGAUUCGGCGCUUUAUAAGUUCGUGGAGGUGAGUGAGGAGAGGGUACUUGUGCAGAUUGACGAGGGCAAUGCCACCAGUGCUGUUGCCAAUUUUGGGAGGAUCGAGGGGGAGGGGGUGCUGCCUAAUAUCUUGGUCUGCUGGUACACCAUUCAUCUGGAUGGGGGGAACUGCGUGGGCUCCAGGAGGGAUACCUCGUUCAUGAAUCACUCGGCGAUUGUUCUGGGGGAGGGGGUCAAGGGGGUCAUCGAGAGGGGGGAGGAUGUUAGGUUUAAGGUGCUGCAGAUGAGGGGGCUCACCAGGGUGAGUCUCGUUUUGUGAAUGACGAAUUCACUUGUGAUUUGAUAAUAAAUGUUUUUAAAUGGUUUUGAUAAAUA